AUGUCUACGGAAGAUCUUGAAACAUUACAAUUUGAAUUAGAGUCCCUACUCUACACCAAAAGCGAGGUCGAAUUGAAAGAGUUUGCUGCUUCGAUCAAAUUAGAUAAAGACAUUUCAACGAAGAGCAAAAUCGCGAUCUUAAAAACUAUUCGGAAAGAUAUAGAUGAAAGAGUUAACGCAGAGGGGGAAAUGUCCGAAAAAGUGGCAUGGUUUAAGGAUUGUAUUGCAAAAAUUAAAUCUCACGAUCAAAGCCAAAAAGUUGACCAGGCAAAUGAGCUUAUCUCGUUGCAAAAGGAAAUUGAAACAUUAAAGGAAAAACAACAAUCUGAAAUGAGUGAUUUGUUGACAAAAUUGGCCGAAGUUCAGACCAGUUCAAAAAACGCGGAAACCACAAAUGUCACAACUGGUAUUAAAAAUACAACAAAAGGAUGCAUGAAACCCGAUGACUCUGUGAAUGCUUCAUUUCUGCGUCGCGAGUUCAAAAUUUCUGGGCAAAUUGGAGAACCCGGUCAGGCAGACAAACUGACAUUCGUUUCGCUGACUCAUCAAAUUGAUUCAGGCCUAAAACGUGGGUAUAACGAAAAUGAGAUUGUAGAUGCUGUUAUUCGCGCGAUUUCAUUGCAUAGCAGUUUAAGAAGCUAUGUCGAAACUCUGAAAGAUUUGUCCCUGCCAAAGUUGCGAAAAAUUUUACGCGUUCACUACCGUGAAAAAUCCGCGUCAGAACUCUAUCAAACCCUUGCGACAAUAUUCCAGGACCAAAAAGAAACACCUCAACAGUUUCUCCUACGUUCCCUUGACUUGAGAAAUAAAGUAGGCUUUGCUAGUAAAGAGUCUGAUUGUGAAGUUCAAUAUGAUGAACCACUUAUUCAGAAAACAUUCAUGAAGUCUUUCGAGACAGGGUUACGAGACGAUAUUUUGGCGGCAAAUUUACGUCCCAUUUUGCGGUUACCUAGUUUAUCUGACGAGGAAUUAAUGAAAAAUGUCAACGAAUUGGCAUCUCACCAAGCUGAGAGGCAGAGUAAGCUUGCAUGUGAAAGGCGUUCUGCCAAGGUUAAUGCGUGCGAAGUGGACGGUGCGGAAAUUAAAAUGCGUAAAAAUGGCGGAGAUAAUGAUAAAAUUUUGGCGGAGAUUCGAGAGAUCAAAUCUGACCUUGAGAGUUUAAAAAAACAAGGCAGCAACGCUAAUGCUAAUCGGGAAGUAUCGUCAGGCGGUCGGAAAUUCCCGAGGGAAACACGAUACCGUGGUAGAGGGUGUCUAGCGUGUAAAGAACGGAAAAUUGGCGGCACGUGUCAACAUUGUUUUGCCUGUGGCGAGUUUGGCCAUAUUGCGUCAGAGUGCGCGAAAAAUUUAAAGGCUCAGGGAAACGAGUACCGGCAACCCCGCCGUCGGGACAGGGUCUAG